GAGAGAGGGUGGAAAACCCAGACACAAUAAGAAGAAAAGGAAGACAAAGAGGAGGAGAGGGCGAGCGGGAGACCAUGCUGAGGAGGAAGAGGAGCGUGUCGUUUGGAGGCUUUGGAUGGAUUGAUAAGUCCACAGUCAAUGCUCUGAGAGCUCGCAAACAGGAGCUCCUGACCACCUCCAAUGUUUCCGUCGCAGACUACCCCCCCUCUCCCCCCCGCACCGCACCCCCCACCAUGAAGUCAGCUCAUUUCUUUGACAUGAUGGACAAGAUGGAGCAGGUGCCAGAAGCUGCUGAGAUGAAGACAAUUCCUCAGAGACAGAAGGAUGACUACAUUCCUUAUCCGAGGAUCGAGGAGGUGUUGGAGAGGGGGGGGCCUUACCCUCAGGUAAUCCUACCCGAGUUCGGGGGAUACUGGAUCGAGGAUCCUGAGGCACCUCCUCCCACCACCCUGGAGAUUAAGGGGGAGGAGGAGGAGGAGGAGGUGGAGAAAGGAGGCUUGGGAGGAAGAGAGGAGGAAGACAGACCUCCAGGGGAUUAUGGGUAUCAGCUGGAGGAGAUCAGCGAGGCUGCACGGGCGUACAGGAAGUACUUCUUGGGCAGGGAGCAUUUAAACUUCUCUUGCUCGGCCAGCAGUCUGGGAAACCUGCUGCUGUCUGUGAGGCAUGAAGAGGAGAAGGAGCAGGAGUCUCUCCAUGUCAUCAUCAGGUCUCGGUUGAAAAGCGUCUACCACAGAUUGUCGCUGACAGAGCUGCCUGAAAUCCCCAGUGUACCAGAGUUAGCCAAGCUGCUGUGUGAUGAAGCAGCAGGACUGCGUUUCAGUCCUGUCCUCUACCCAAAGGCAUCUCAGCUGAUAGUGAACUACGACGAGCACGAGGUCAACAACACCUUCAAGUUUGGAGUCGUUUACCAGAGAUUUGGGCAGGUGUCUGAGGAGGAGCUGUUCAGGAACAACGAGGAGACGCCGGCCUUCACGGAGUUCCUGCAGCUGCUGGGAGACACAGUGGAGCUGCAGGACUUCAAGGGGUUUCGGGGGGGUCUUGAUGUGUCCCACGGUCAGACGGGUUCGCAGUCCAUCUACACAGUUCACAGACAGCAGGAGAUCAUGUUCCACGUCUCCACCAAACUGCCCUUCACUGAGGGAGACACACAGCAGCUCCAGAGGAAACGUCACAUAGGAAAUGACAUCGUGGCUGUGGUGUUCCAGGAAGAGGCCACGCCUUUUGUUCCUGACAUGAUCGCCUCCAACUUCCUUCACGCCUUCAUCCUGGUGCAGGUGGAGGAGCCCUGCUCAGACAACACCUCCUACAAGGUAUCCAUCACAGCACGAGAAGAUGUACCUCUAUUUGGACCGCCCCUCCCAAAUCCAGCCAUUUUUAGGAAGGGUCCAGAGUUUAGAGAGUUUCUUCUCACUAAACUAAUUAAUGCAGAGCUGGCCUGCUACAAGAGUGACCGCUUCGCCCGCCUGGAGGAGCGUACCCGCGCCGCCCUGCUGGACAGCCUCCAUGAUGAGCUGCAAAGACGCUCCCAGAGCAUGCUGGGAUUGACAUCAGGUCUGGAGGAGGAGGGCCGAGCUGAGAAUGGACACGCCCAUGGAGGUCUGCUGGAGUCCAUCAAGAGGGCGAUGCGAGGGCGGAGUGUCUCCAUGGAGACCAUGUCACGGGGCGGGGCUGGUCUGCCCACCAGUCUGAGUGGGGGAGGUCUGGCCCACAUCAGUGUUGAGUGUAACGUCAAAUCUCCUGUGAAGCGGCGUUCAGGACUUUUUCCUCGCCUGCUGAGCAUCGACAGCCAAACAGAGAGACACAACCAGAGAAGUCUCCUUAGUGAGCAGAGGAGCUUCGACAGCUGCCACCCGACACUGGAGGUGAGGUCAGAGCUGCCGUCCAAUCCCAGCUCUCCAGAGGCGGGACAGCGGGACAGGAUUCACAUGAAGAAGGAGAGCAGCAAGAUUUCCAGAUCGACAUCCAGCACCUGCAGCUUCAGCAUCCCUGCUGACGACACACAGCUGCUCGCCCAGGCUGUGACGGUAGAAGGUCAAAGUUCAAGUCCGCUGAUCGUCUGUCGCAGCCCCACAGAGAUGAAGAAUAAAAACUCUCCCAGAUCCAACCUCAAGUUUCGUUUUGACAAGCUGAGUCACUCUGCUGCAGGCCACUAAACUGCGAGGACAGCAGUGGGAGAAUACCAACAAGGAGGUUAAGAUCAACAUCAGCUUCCACACACCCAGAGGAGGAGGAUGAAGAGUACAUUAUUGUGAAGCCACUGAUGAAGAUAAAAAGGGAAAAACACUUUAACAAUAGUCCUUCACUGCUGCAGAAUCCUCAGAGGGAAUCAGACCUGCAGGACUGUGUGCAUGUCAACACACACACGCAUGCACGCACACACACACACGCGCACACACACACACACACACACACACACACGCGCACACACACACUGAGGCUGAAGCUUUUACAUAAAGGCAGAUUGAUUCAAGUCAUUUAAAGGGUCACUCCAUCAGCUUUACAUGUGAAGUGUUAGUUUGCUGGUCGUGUCACAGCCUCAGCCUGUGGAAACAUAACUCUGGUGAAGAGGCUGCACUUCGGUGUUGGUGCAGAACGCAGAGGCGAAAACUGGUGUCUUCCUGUGGAGCAUAGAGGUCAUUUCCUCAACUGCACCGGUAUCUUUGUGACUCACUGUGGACCACAGUGGGAGGAGAGGUGUG